CGCCGUUGGCCGCAGGCGGCUCGCGCGCACCUGCUCCCCGGACUCGCUCCCUGCCGCGCUCCAGGCAUUCUCGCCGCGCAAGCUGCGGGUCCCGCGGGACCUGGGGGUACCUGCGCGCCGGGAUGGAGUCGGAGCCGAGCUAACUCCGUUUCUCCUUGGACCAAGAUGACUGAUGGAAGCCUUUCCAGCUCUACGAAUGGCGUAGCCCUGAUGGGCGUUCUGGAUGGGCAGCCAGGAAACCACAUCCAGAACCUGCAGCGCAGGAAUCUCAAGGCGCCCCGGUCCCUGUCGUUGUCUGCGUAUGGGCCCAAGCUGAGACUUGGGGCGCCGGAUCAGCACAGCCUGCAGUCGGUGGACUCAGGCAUUCCUACCCUGGAGAUCAGCAACCCGGAGCCCGUGCCCUGCAGCGUGGUGCACGUGAAGAGGAAGCAGUCUGAGUCGGAGAUAGUCCCUGAGCGGGCCUGCCAGAGCGCGUGCCCGCUGCCCUCCUGCGCGCCGGCGGCCCCCUCCGGCGCUGAGGGGGAGCAGAGCGUGCGGAAGUCCUCCACGUUCCCCAGGACGGGCUACGACUCGGUCAAGCUCUACAGUCCCGCCUCCAAAGCCCUGAGCCGCAGCGACGAUGUCUCGGUCUGCAGCGUGUCCAGUCUUGGCACAGAGUUGUCCGCCACACUGUCCGUCAGCAAUGAGGACAUCUUGGACCUUGUGGUCACGAGCAGCUCCAGUGCCAUCGUGACCCUGGAGAAUGAUGAUGACCCACAGUUUACUGACGUCACCUUGAGCUCCACCAAGGAAAGCCAUGACCCGCACCCGCAGGACUGUGUAGAUGCCGUUGCGGAGGGAAGUAAAUUGAAAAUACUGGGACCGUUCAGUAACUUCUUUACCAGGAAUUUGCUUGCUAGAAAACAAAAUGCAAGACUUGACAAACAAAAUGACUUGGGAUGGAAGUUAUUUGGAAAAAUACCACUCCGAGAGAAUGCUCAGAAAGAGUCAAAGAGAAUACAAAAGGAAUAUGAAGACAAGGCUGGACGACCUAGCAGGCCACCCUCCCCGAAGCAGAAUGUGAGGAAGAAUCUUGACUUUGAGCCGCUCUCCACCACCGCACUCAUCCUGGAGGACAGACCCGCAAACCUCCCAGCGAAGCCGGCGGAGGAAGCUCAGAAACACAGGCAGCAGUAUGAAGAGAUGGUGGUGCAGGCCAAGAAGCGAGAGCUGAAAGAAGCCCAGCGGAGGAAGAAGCAGCUGGAAGAAAGGUGCCGGCUAGAGGAGAGCAUCGGGAACGCUGUCCUCACCUGGAACAAUGAGAUUCUGCCCCACUGGGAGACCGUGUGCUGCUCUAGAAAAGUGCGGGACCUGUGGUGGCAGGGCAUCCCUCCCAGCGUGAGGGGCAGAGUCUGGAGCCUGGCCAUCGGCAACGAGCUAAACAUCACCCACGAGCUCUUCGACAUCUGCCUUGCCAGAGCCAAGGAGAGGUGGCGGUCCUUCAGCACGGGCGGCUCCGAAGUGGAGAGUGAAGAUGCCGGGUGUUCAGCAGCGGACAGAGAAGCCAGCCUGGAGCUUAUUAAACUGGACAUUUCUAGAACAUUCCCUAACCUCUGCAUCUUCCAGCAAGGCGGCCCGUAUCAUGACAUGUUGCACAGUAUUUUGGGCGCUUAUACUUGUUACCGACCGGAUGUGGGCUAUGUCCAGGGCAUGUCCUUCAUAGCCGCGGUGCUGAUCCUGAACUUAGAUACUGCGGAUGCCUUCAUUGCGUUUUCUAAUCUUUUGAAUAAGCCUUGUCAAAUGGCAUUUUUUCGAGUGGACCAUGGCCUUAUGUUGACUUAUUUUGCUGCGUUUGAGGUAUUCUUUGAAGAAAACUUGCCGAAAUUAUUUGCUCAUUUCAAGAAAAACAACUUAACUCCAGACAUCUACCUAAUUGAUUGGAUCUUCACCUUAUACAGUAAAUCCCUGCCCCUGGACCUGGCCUGCCGCGUGUGGGACGUGUUCUGCCGCGACGGGGAGGAGUUUCUGUUCCGCACGGCGCUGGGCCUCCUGAAGCUCUUCGAGGACAUCCUGACCGGGAUGGACUUCAUCCACAUGGCCCAGUUCCUCACCAGGCUGCCCGACCAGCUGCCCGCCGAGGAGUUUUUUGCCUCCAUAGCUACAAUUCAGAUGCAGAGUCGAAACAAGAAGUGGGCCCAGGUGCUGACUGCGUUGCAGAGGGACAGCCGGGACACGGAGAAAGGAAGCCCGUCGCUCAGACACUGAGGCGCAGGUGGGCGCGCACUGGCGCCGGAGCGGACUACCCAGCGCCCCUGUGUUGUUCGGGGCGGACGCGCUGGCGGCUGAGGACGGGCUGUGGAUGGCGUUGGAUCCCUAACACUGGAGUUGGCCUUAAACCAAACAAACAAAACUUUUAGAGAAUUAAACCGAGGCUUAGCCUUAAGGAGUUCAGUGGAACGACGACCCAGUAUUGACCUGGCAACCACUGCACACCCGCAUGGUUUGAAAACAGGGCGGCAGCUAACCCCUCCCUUUGCUCCGGCAGAAGCUAUUAAAUGGUGAUGCUAUUAUGUCAACUCUAGGAAAAGACGUACCCGUCUUUCUUAGCCGAGGUGCAUGAGGAGCGAUUGGGGGACCUCAGAGAAGUGGCUGGCUCCUAGUUCUCUAUUUCGGUAAGAAAGGGAUGCUGGUUUAGUUAUCGAGAUAACUCUUUCAGAAACAGAGGGCCAGUUUUUAAAGCCCGCCUACCAAAGAUGCACUGGGGGCAACGCGCUCUCAGGGCGGCCACCGGGGAGCGCCCCGGCUCACGUUUGCCACGCUGCCUCGCCACAGCUGCCGCCCGAGGGCCGGGGGGGCCCGUGUAGAUCCCGUGGGAGCGCGCUGCCCCCGGAGGGUGCCCCUGUCGCACGCCAGAGGAGAGUUUGGGCAGGCGGGGCUGUGCACACAGAAGGCCGGGGCAGCAGAGAAAGGCCUCGCGCUGCUGCGGGCGGAAUGAAAACAGUCUCCCCCCACGUCACAGCAGAGGGACCAGGCCGAGGACGCUGAGACCUGCACCCCGGCACUCUGCUGGGUUCUGCGCAGGCCUCGGAGACACAGUCGUGCAUGUAGGGGGGCUGCUCGCAGAAGGCUCUGCUGCCCUUUGUCACCUGCGCAGCAGCAUCAGCCCUGGGUGCUGCGGUUGCCCUCGCGCAUUUGGCCUAAAGGUAGACCGUGGCAGGGACAGAGAAGCAGCCGCACUCGCCCCGCAGCCCAGGCUCAUCACGCAGGGUGUCUCUGCCCUCGGCCUUCCCGCUCUGGCCGGCUUCCCCAGGUUCACCAGCCCCUUUGCUCCAGAUUUCCCUGAGGGCUUUGAAUGAGGAGCUUUGGUUACCCGAAUUCAGAGACGUGAGCAGCUUCUUCUCAGAGCAGUCCCAGGACCUGCACUUCUCUACGGACGCAGGCCCCGCGCUAGUCCCUGGGUGUCUGGGUAGACCCGGUCCCGGUCCCGUAGGGCAGCUGCGCGGUGGGGCUGCCCCGGGCCUGGGGCCCCGCCCUCCCGGGCUGCACCGUCUGCCCAGGGAGCGUCUCCAGGUCGGCCCUGUCCCUGACGUGGGGCGUGCCCUUGGCUUCGAGAGUGCGGCCUUUGGCUCGGAGACCUGCAGUGGAGGGUAGAGCCUGGCUCUGUGUUAUUUUUAUAGGUUUUCUAUAUAUGCCGGGCCGCUGGCGACACCUCCAGGCGCAGUAGCCAGCUGCCGGGCUGCGGCGGUCCUUGCGCCCCACACCUGGCUCUGCUGUGUGUGUGGUUUCCCCAGAACCGCCUUGGUUCCCCCAUCUCCUCUCUGCGCCCUCCCAGGAGGCUGCGGAGCAUCCCAGAUGCUCUCUCUGCCUCGGCCUUUACCUGCUGGCCCUCCCCUGGGUCUCGCACCUGCCCACGCAGCCAGUGCCGGACCCCACGAUGCUGAAUGUUACCAGGCUUAGCUGCCCCUCACAGGCGUAGCCCUCCGUUCCAUGACAUGGGCGCUCUGUUCCUGGAAGAUGCGUAGAGUCCCUUGCUUUCUGCAAGGGUGCUCCUUAAGUCGGGACAGAGUGGUGCGGGCCCCUCAGAAAGUGCCCCUGUGUUCGGUCCCAGCCCUUGACGAGGCCUCUCAGUUGGACGCGUCUUUAGACAGGGACCGGUGGGGCGUUAAGGUGUCAAGUGGCAUUCUAUGUCGGCCUGGAACACUGACCAAAUCUCUGGUUCUGAAGGGGUUUUCACGACCUGUUCAGGGACCCUGUGCGGUCUGACUGGUUUGCUCUGUCCCCCGGAGAGGCCAGGAAGUUCCCAGCCCCUGCGCAGGGUCAUGAGGCCCCUUUCCACAGAGGGCUGUUCGAGAGCCGGUGGCCGAGCUGCGGGUGAUGUCACCACAGGACAUCGGAGGGGGAGGCUGCAGCCCAGCCGCCUGUGCCCGGCCCUGCUCGGCCUGGAGUCUCAUCUGGAUGCGAGUUUCACUUGGAAAGAUUCUUUUUAGCUGUUCAGUUUUGACUAUUUUAAAUAGUUUGCUGAUAGAAGAUUCCUGGUAACACUUGCUACAUAUCAUGUUUUAAUUGCUUGUACAGUUAACCUUUUACCUUAUUUAGUAAAGUGUAUCAAAUUAGGACUUUUUGAAUUGUAA